AUGUCUGGCACCACCAUUGAUGAUAUUGUCAAGCGACUCAGCACUCCCGAAACAGAUGCAAGAGUCAAGGUAGAAGCGGCGACUACCUUACGCGACAGUAUCGACCACUACAUUAACGGUCCCAUCUACGCACCAUUCCUGAAGAAGCUCGUCCCAAUCUUCAUCAACACCCUCAGAGGACCAUGCAUCUUCCAGAGCAGCUCCCCGGAGCAGAAACUCCGGAACUGCAUCCUCGAGAUCCUCCACCGACUGCCGACGACGCCGACACCCCCCGAGGCCUUCGAACCCUACGCCGAAGAAGUCGUCGACCUGUUGAUGCAAUUGGUCCGGACGGACAAUGAGGAAAAUGCGACACUGUGUGUUAAGAUCAUAUCUGAUGUCAUGCGCCAUCAGCACAAGGUCUUGCAGGGCAAGGUCCAGGCGUUCCUCAACCUGAUCCAGGAGCUCUUUGAGCAGAUGGAGAAGGUCGUCCGCGAGCAGUUGGACAACACCUCUCUUGCCACGGCAUCAAGCUCCGGAGCCCCGUCGACCCCAGGAAGCUCUCAAACGAAUUUCCAAUCCCCUCGACCGGGCUCGCCCGUCGCGUCUGUCACAGAUCUUGGUCCGGAUCCCCAACAACAGAACCGGAUGCUGCUGAAGGGCAUGCAAUCUUUCAAGGUCCUGUCAGAAUGCCCAAUCAUAGUGGUUUCUGUCUUCCAAGUAUACCGCGCGACCGUCGCUACGAACGUUAAGGCCUUCGUUCCGCUCAUCAAGGGGUUCUUGUGCCUUCAGGCAAGCGCUCAGAAGCAGGCUCAUGCCGACGCCAAGGCCAGGGGUCAAAUCUUCACAGGAGUCAGCCCUCUUAUUAAGAACAGAGCCGCCUUUGGAGAGUUCAUCACCGCUCAAGUCAAGACCAUGAGCUUUUUGGCCUACCUCUUGCGCCAGUACUCUCAGCAACUCACCGACUUCCUCCCGACCCUCCCCGAGAUUGUGGUACGGCUUCUCCAGGACUGCCCGCGUGAGAAAUCAGGCGCGCGCAAGGAGUUGCUUGUUGCUAUCAGGCAUAUCAUCAACUUCAACUUUAGAAAAAUCUUUCUCCCUAAGAUUGAUGAACUCCUCGACGAGAAGACUCUCAUUGGCGAUGGCCUGACAGUAUACGAGACGAUGCGGCCAUUGGCCUACAGCAUGCUUGCGGACCUGAUCCAUCAUGUCCGCGACAGCCUCACACCGGAACAAAUUCGGAAAACGGUCGAGGUAUACACCAAAAACCUGCAAGACAACUUCCCGGGAACAAGCUUUCAGACUAUGAGCGCCAAGCUUCUACUCAACAUGGCGGAGUGCAUCGCCAAGAUGCCCAACAAGGUCGACGCACGGCACUACCUCAUCAUGAUCCUGAACGCCAUCGGUGACAAGUUCGUGGCUAUGAAUCGACAAUACCCCAAUGCAGUGAAGCUCUCGAAACUCUACGCCCAGCAGGCCGCUGACGGAACCCAGGACAGCUACCUCGCAGAAAAGGACCACCCUCCGGAUUGGGAUGAGACAGAUAUCUUCACUGCCAUGCCCAUUAAGACUUCAAACCCUAGAGAUCGAGGGGCAGAUCCCGUUGUUGACAACAAGUUCCUCUUCAAGAACCUGAUGAACGGUUUGAAGAACACCUUCUACCAGUUGAGGACCUGCAACGUCAACACCAACGUUGACCUGACAAACGCACCAGCACACUGGCAGGACGUCGCCUACGGUUUCACUGCCGAAGAAGUCAACGUCAUUGUGAAGCUGUUCAGGGAGGGAGCAUAUGUCUUCCGCUACUACGAAAUCGAGAAGCCCGCCACCGAGUCUCAGUACAUGUCACCAGUCGAGUACAUGGCCAACUUCUACAUGGUCUCUAGCAGCAAGGAAGAAAAGGAACUUCUUGAGACCUUUGCAACCGUCUUCCACUGCAUAGACCCCGCCACUUUCCACGAAGUCUUCCAGCAAGAGAUUCCUCACCUGUAUGACAUGAUCUUUGAACACACCGGUCUGCUCCAUAUCCCCCAGUUCUUCCUCGCCAGCGAAGCUACUUCACCUAGCUUUUGCGGUAUGCUGCUGCGCUUCCUGAUGGAACGGAUUGACCAAGUUGGUUCAGCGGACGUGAAGAAGUCGUCGAUUCUUUUGAGGCUGUUCAAGCUGGCGUUUAUGGCCGUCACAUUGUUUGCCAACCAGAACGAGCAAGUCCUUCUUCCUCACGUUGUGGAUAUUGUUACCAAGUCCAUCGAGCUUUCAACCAAAGCGGAGGAGCCAAUGAACUACUUCCUCCUGUUGAGGUCACUGUUUAGAAGCAUAGGUGGUGGGAAGUUUGAGCACCUCUACAAGCAGAUUCUGCCGCUUCUCGAGAUGCUCCUGGACGUCCUCAAUAACCUGCUCAUGGCAGCAAGAAAGCCUGCCGAACGGGAUCUCUACGUUGAAUUGUGUUUGACAGUGCCUGCGAGGCUGAGUAACCUGUUGCCACAUCUCAGCUUCUUGAUGCGACCACUUGUCGUUGCGCUGCGAGCUGGAACCGAUCUCGUUGGUCAAGGGCUGCGGACACUAGAGCUCUGUGUCGACAACCUCACUGCAGACUACCUCGACCCGAUCAUGGCGCCAGUUAUUGAUGAGUUGAUGACAGCCCUAUUUGACCAUCUUAAGCCGCAUCCCUAUAGUCAUUUCCACGCUCACACGACUAUGCGCAUAUUGGGCAAACUAGGAGGCCGCAACCGCAAGUUCAUGACCGAUGCACAACCCCUCUCGUACAAGAACUUCGCCGACGACCCUACCAGCUUUGACAUCCGCCUCGUUGGUUCCAAGAAGGACAGAGCGUUCCCUGCUGAGACCGGUGUGGACUUUGCGAUCAGGAAGUUGAUGGAACAGCCAAAGGGCAAGGGCAGCCAGUCUCGCCAAUAUGACGCUUACUACAAGAAGCAGUCGUUUCAUUUCAUCAAGUCUCAGCUCAAGAUGAGAAUCGGCUUCGAGAACUUGCCCGACGACCUGCCAAGGCUGGUGCGUCUCCAGGCUCAGGACUUGCUUCACAAGAAGAUUGACUUUGACUUCGCCGCCUUCGAGACAUCUGACCGGGACAGAUCGAUACCCAAGAAGGACGAGCAGGAUGACUUGCUCCGGCGUUUGCUCAAGGCCAUCAUGUUUGCCGAGUCCUUGCCAGAGUUCAAGGAAGAGGCUAAUGCUUUCCUCAUGAACAUCUGCAGACACUUCACCAUCAUUGAGGUUGGACGCACUCUGAUUGAAAUGAAGCGAGUCCUGAGUCCAUUCAAUCCGAAGGCCGGAGAGGGUCCAUUGUUCAUUGACACUCGGGUGUUCUCUGAUGCCAUUGUGGAGUCUUUGGCUUCAGACCAUCCGGAUGUGCGAGAGGCUGCGCAGCGCGCGAUUCGUGAGGUUUACGACUCUGCCGCCACAAUUUUUGGAUCCGACCAAAACGUGGCAAGGCUAGCGUUCUUCAGUCAUCUGAGCUCUUCCUUCUGCCAUGGCUGCUACGAAGAGGAGUGGUUCACCAAGACAGGCGGUUCUCUCGGCAUUAACUUCCUUUUGACUGAGCUGGACCUUGGCGACCAAUGGAUCUUGAGCAAACAGACUGAGUUCAUCAGAGCGCUCAUGUACGUCAUCAAGGACAUGCCCCAGGAUCUUCCGGAGAAGACGAGAAGAUCUGCGCAAGCCACGUUGGAGACACUGCUUCACAGGAUUACGAAGAAUAUCAAGAAGGAAGACGCCCUGCCCCCUCAACCCUCGGCUCAAGGUCAAGCGCCCCAAAGAUCCCGCCUCGCUCAGAUCUGCAUGCAAUUCAACACCGAGUUGUCGCACAUGAAUCGCCACGUUCGUGAGACCGCCAAGCGAUCCCUGGAGCUGAUCGCCAAGGCAGCCGGCUGUGCCGUAUGGGAGGUGAUUGAGCCUUACAAGGAGCGUUUCCUCCAACCCAUUUAUUCCAAGCCUCUCCGCGCCUUGCCGUUCCCCAUCCAGAUCGGCUACAUCGACGCCAUGACAUACCACAUGACCUUGAGAAAGGAAUGGGUAACGUUUGACGACAACUUGAACAGACUACUUAUGGAGUCGCUGGCUCUGGCUGACGCCAGCGACGAGUCUUUGGCCAACAAGCCGGGGGAGUUCAGAACACACGAGUACAUCGUGAACCUUCGGGUCGCCUGCAUCAAUAUUCUCAGCACAGCGACCAGUUUCGAGGAAUUCGCUCCGCUGAAACAAGGCAGCCACCCAACUCGUUCAAAGGUUGUGUCGGUCUUUUUCAAGUGCCUCUAUUCGGACUCCAAGGCAACGAUCGAUGCAGCAAACAGCGCCCUCAAAAACACGCUGGAAGCACAUCAAAAGUUGCCCAAGGACCUGCUUCAGGGAGGUCUUCGACCGGUGCUGGCCAGUCUGCAAGAUGCCAAGAAGCUGACUACACACGGGCUCGACAACCUCGGUCGCCUCUUGAAGCUCCUUACUACAUACUUCAAGGUGGAGAUUGGCGCCCGUCUACUCGACCAUGUCAAGGUUCUCGCCGCCCCAGAGGUGCUUCAACCAAUCGCCUUCACGUUUUUUGAGCAGAACCAACAAAUGAAGAUCGUUGCAGCAGUCUUCAAUAUCUUCCACCUCCUGCCACCACAAGCAGAAGGGUUCAAGCAGAGACUGAUCGAUCUGUCUCUGGAGCUUGAGGAGAAGCUUCGUCGCACCCACGAGAGCCCAUUCCGCGCGCCUCUUUACAAGUUCAUCAAUCGCUAUCCUAAUGAGGUCUGGACGUAUCUUCUGCCCAAACUUGAGGAUCUCAAGUAUGGACGAUUCCUUUCUCAGGUCAUCCGACAUCCAGAGAGUGCUCCUCUGCGAGAAACAGUGGCUGGCAAUGUACAAGCCCUGAUCGACUUUUGCAACAGCACCAUCCAACAGAACAAGGACACAAAAUUUGUCGCCGUUGUAAACGCCAUCCAAGUCCUCUAUUCUUUGACUCUGUCAACUGGGUUAGACGCUUGGUUGGAGAAGAAGGAGCACCUCAACUGGCUGAAGGGUGUUGGCAAAGAACUGGAGAAGCAAAUGCGAGCACACACUCUCUCGCCCAACCUCAGACUUCCUGCAUGCCAAGCAUCAGAGCAGUUGAUGUCCAUCUUCAUCAAGUCGCUGGAGCGCAAUCCGCGAGAUCUCGAAUCUCUCUUCAGUCUGGUGGACUCUGUGACCACGGACGACUUCCGCACUUCGCAGCCCCUGAUAACUUACAUUUACAAAAACAUCAUCAACAGCGACUCGGUGGAGUUCUGGAAGGCCACGGUACUCAAGUGUCUGGAAUCCUAUCCCGCCAAGAAUGUUUCUCAGAAGAUGAAAUGCUUCCUCCUGCACAACAUUGUGAAUCCAAUCGUUGCCAUGGAUGUCCAGCGACACUGGAAUCAACCUCCCCAAACCAAGGGCCGGUUCAUGGACAAGGCCAUCAUCGAUGCGAUCACCGCUAAGAUCUGGAAAACGCAUCAGGACACAAGCCAGCAUGACUACGACGAUGUCGCACAGCCUGGCAUCGACCACACUAAGUUUGAGGUUCUCCAGCUGUCGGCUAUGCUGGUGAAGUACCACUCCCACAUCUUCCAGGAGGCGAGAAAGGAUAUCAUUAAGAGUUGCUGGACUUUCAUCCGCCUUGACGACGUUAUCAACAAACAUGCUGCCUAUGUCGUUAUAGGAUACUUCAUUGCCUUGUAUGAGACACCAGUCAAGAUCGUCACUCAGGUGUAUCUAUCCCUGUUGCGAACCAACCAAAACGAGGGUAGAGCCCUUGUCACGCAAGCACUUGAGUUGAUUGCACCGGUCUUGCCGAAACGCCUUGGGACCCAGCCCAAUGACCGAAACGCCGGCUGGGCGUUGGCGCCACGAAAGAUUCUCGCGGACGAAGGCCAGAACGUGCAGCAAAUGACAAGCAUCUUCCACUUCCUUGUCAAGCACCCCGACCUGUUUUACGAGUCUAGGGAUAAGUACGCUAUGCUCAUCAUCCAGUCUCUGAGAAAGGUUGCUGCCCCUCCCAACCCAUCCAACGAGUCGAAGAAGCUCGCUCUCAACAUGAUGUGGUUGAUCUGGCUCUGGGAACAAAGACGCGUUGAGGGCAAAGGCGACGCCGUGACACGCUCAAUCUCCGAAUCGCCACAGUCCAAGAAGCGGAAGCUGGACAGCGACCAGCCCAUGUCCUCGCCUCCAGCCGCUAGGCAGGCACCUGAGAGGGCGGAAUACGUCAUUCCAGUGAUUGGUCGGCAGAGAAUGGUCAAGUACCUCGUUGAGUUUAUCGCCCAACUCAAUGAGCGUUACCAGCUUCCCUCCACACGGACGAGAGAUUCCGUUGCCACGAACGGCCCGGCUAUGCCGCCUGCUUCCACCGAACUGUGCAAGAAGGCCAUGUCUCUAUUCUAUAACCUCCUUCAACCUCAGUACUGGGGAGAUCUGGACGUUGAUCUCUUUCCUAAUGUCACCGAUGUUGUUCUGGCCAGCGAGAAGACGCAGAACAUUCUUUCAGCAGACCCUGCCGACAAGGAGAAGUUCGAUGAAAAGUUCAUUACGAACAUCAUUAACACUCUCCAAGUUGUUCGCAUUAUUCUCAACUUCAAAUCGGACGACUGGAUCGCGCGAAACAUGACCCACGUUCAGAAGGUUUUGGACAAGGCUCUCAAGAGCGAAAAUCCCGAGCUUCAGGAUUGCUUGCAUCUCGCAGACAAGAAAUACGAUGACGACCGCGAUAUCAAGUCGACGAUCAAGCGAGUCCUUGAUGCGGUACCAGAGGAUCUUCCAAUGGAAGACGCCGAUGCCGAGGGCGAAUCCGAAUCCCAGAACUCGGAGAUUAUACAGUCUCUUUCGACCAUCGCCGGCGAGGCAAUGGCUGCUGGCCACUAUGGAUCCGGAGUCAAUAUUCUAUGGUCCCUCGGCAACCGAAAGCCUACAGUCAUCGACCAACACAUCCCUGUGCUGAUGAAGGCCUUGCAGAGCAAGCUUGCGCGUGAGCAUGUUCAGCACUACACUGCCGUUGCCAAUCACCAGCCUGGCCAGCCUCCUCGAGCGCAAGAUCCCAACGCGCCCACUGGAGAGAUGUCGAGCUACGAUCUUGAAGUUUCCACAAGCCUCAUGCUCAAGGCUAUUCAAGUCGUUGCUCUGCGGAUGGAAGUCCUGGGUGAUAACAGACGCCCUUUCCUUAGUGUUUUGGCCACACUUGUCGAGAAGUCUAUGCACAUUCCCCUUUGCGAAGAAAUUCUUAACAUGGUAGAAGGCUGGGUUUUCCGCUCUGAAGGCACUUGGCCUACUCUUAAGGAAAAGACUGCGGUGCUGCAUAAAAUGCUUUCUUUCGAACAUCGACAAGACCCUACCAUGCUCACGAAAUUCUUGGAGUUGGUCAUUCGCAUUUACGAGGACCCCAAGAUUACGAGGACAGAGUUGACGGUGCGCAUGGAACAUGCCUUCCUCAUCGGCACCCGUGCUCAAGAUGUUGAGAUGCGGAAUCGGUUCAUGACGAUCUUCGACAAGAGUCUCUCCAAAACGGCUAGUGCCCGACUUGCCUAUGUGCUUACAUCUCAAAAUUGGGACACUUUGGGCGAAAGCUACUGGUUGGCCCAAGCGUCGCAUCUUCUCCUCGGUGCCGUGGAAUUGAAUAACAGCAUCCAGCUUCAUCAUGAAGACUUCAAGACGCUGUCCAUCAGCCAGCUCUUCUCGAUUCAUGCCAGGGACACCAGAGAGCCUGUCAACAUGUCGGAUGACAAGUUUGACGCGCUGAUGGCCUCCCACCGACGCUUCAUGAUCGAGCUUGGGGAUGUAAAGGUUCGCGAUCUCAUUGAGCCCUUGACUCAGCUCCAACACGUCGACAACACGCUGGCUCAUCAGCUGUGGAUUUCUCUGUUCCCUAUCUACUGGUCUGCGACGAUGAAGGAAGAGCGCACAGAUCUCGAGCGUGGCAUGGUUGCCCUCCUCACCAAAGACUACCACAGCCGCCAGAUCGAUAAGCGACCCAAUGUCGUUCAAUCUCUCCUCGAAGGUGCUGCCAAGGCAUGGCCCGACUGCAAGAUCCCACCGCACGUUCUGAAGUAUGAGGCGAAGACGUAUGACGCCUGGUACACUGCCCUUGUUCAACUCGAGAAUGCUGCGAUCAAGCCAGAAGUUGAGUCGGCAGUUGUCAGAGAAAGUAACCUGGAUGCCCUCGUGGAGUUGUACGCUUCAUUGCAGGAAGACGAUCUGUUCUAUGGCACGUGGCGCAGACGUUGCCAAUUCGUCGAGACAAAUGCGGCCUUGUCUUACGAACAGAACGGAAUGUGGGAUAAGGCCCAAAAGAUGUAUGAGGCCGCUCAAAUCAAGGCGCGCACCGGUGUUAUCCCAUUUUCUCAAGGAGAAUACGUUCUCUGGGAAGACCACUGGGUGCUGUGUGCUCAGAAGCUGCAACAAUGGGAGAUCCUCCAGGACUUUGCCAAGCACGAAAACUUCCAGGAUUUGCUUUUGGAAUGCGCCUGGAGAAACAACACGGAGAUGUGGCAGACCCAAGAGCAUAGAGAGGCCUUGGACAACCUGAUUAAGGGUGUCAUGGACGCACCUACUCCUCGUCGGGCUUUCUUCCAGGCCUUCAUGUCGCUUUUGAAGUACUACAAUAAGCAGGAGACACCUCAGGAAUUCGCCAAGUCUUGCGAUGAGGCCAUUCAGCUCUCUAUUCGGAAGUGGCACCAGCUUCCGAAGCAACUCACGAAGGCUCACAUCCCGCUUCUCCAGAACUUCCAGCAGCUGGUCGAGUUGCAUGAUGCCAGCGUUAUCUGUAACAGCCUUGCUAGCACCAACCAGUCCAAUCUCGAUGUCAAAUCAGGAGAACUCAAGCUGCUGCUCGGUGCUUGGCGUGAUCGUCUGCCCAACGUUUGGGACGAUAUUACUGCUUGGCAAGAUCUCGUCACCUGGCGUCAACACAUAUUUGGUCUCAUCAACCAGACCUAUCUGCAGUUGCUACCUCAAGGGGGUGGUCAGAAUGCUAGUGGCGCGUCUUUCGCAUACCGUGGUUACCACGAGACGGCUUGGAUCAUCAAUCGGUUCGCGCAUGUUGCUCGCAAGCAUAGUCUGCCUGAAGUUUGCAUCACGCAGUUGAGCAGGAUCUACACUCUCCCUAACAUUGAGAUCCAGGAAGCUUUCCUCAAGCUCAGAGAGCAAGCCAAGUGUCACUACGAGAACCCAGAAGAACUCACGAGCGGGUUGGAUGUGAUCAACAACACAAACCUCAACUACUUCAACCCGCCGCAAAAGGCCGAGUUUUAUACGCUGAAGGGCAUGUUCCUCGAGAAGCUCAAGCAAAAGGAGGAAGCUGAUUCCGCUUAUGGAACGGCGUUGUAUUUCGACAUUACCGCUGCCAAGGCUUGGGCAGAAUGGGGUUACUUCAACGAACGCAAGUACAAGGAGGAUCCAUCAGACAUCAACUCUGCACGACAAGCUCUCACGUCGUACCUGCAAGCUGCCGGAAGCUACAAGAACGCAAAGUCGCGGAAGCUCAUUGCCCGCAUCCUGUGGCUUCUCAGCCUUGACGAUGCCAAUGGAUCGAUCGCUGCCGGCUUCGACGACUUUAAGGGCGAAACCCCUGUCUGGUAUUGGAUCACCUUUAUUCCCCAGCUUCUUACCGGUCUCGGCCACAAGGAAGCCCCAAGGGUGCACCAGAUCCUCGUCAAGAUUGCCAGGUCCUAUCCCCAGGCGCUCUACUUCCAGCUUCGCACUAACAGGGAAGACAUGUUGGUUAUCAAGAAGAACCAAGAGGCUAAGGAGAAGGCCCGCCAGCGCGCUCAGUCCGCACAGUCCAACGGCAAACCCAGCGCAUCACCACAACAACCCAAACAAGACGGUGUUGCGAAGCCUGAUGCCUCCGGCUCAAGACCUGGAACUGCCAGCGGUGGUGAUGCGAAUGCCGCCGUCAAGACUGAGGGCAAUGAUGCCAACGGCACUGCCGCCACAGGCGACCAGGCAUCGGGUGCUGGUCAGAAGAAGCCGCCUUGGGAACUUACGGAAGAGAUCAUGAGUGCUUUGAAGACAGCCUUCCCUCUACUUGCACUGUCAAUGGAGACCAUGGUCGACCAGAUUCAGAAGAACUUCAAGUGCCCUCCCGACGAAGACGCCUACCGACUCAUCGUCGCCCUUCUCAACGAUGCUCUGGCAUACGUCAGUCGCAUGCCUUCUUCCUUUGCCAAGGACGUCAAGCUUCCUUCCGCGACCGAGACUAACAUUACCCGCUUCGCUGAAACUAUUCUGCCUCCUCACAUCAAGAAAUCGUUUGAAGCAGAUUUUGUGGAGUUCAAGCCGACAAUGCACGAGUAUAUUCACAAGCUCCGCCGGUGGCGCAACAAGUUUGAAGAGAAGCUUGACCGCAGAACUACCCGCGUCUCCUUGGAGCAAUUUUCGCCACAUCUGUCAGAGUUCCGUUACCAGAGGUUUGACGAUGUCGAGAUCCCUGGACAGUACUUGCAACACAAGGACAAGAACCAGGACUUCAUUCGCAUCGAGCGGUUCUUACCCAACGUUGAAUUGGUAAGAUCCAUCAGCGCAUCGUACCGCCGCAUCCAGAUGCGCGGACACGAUGGAAGCGUCCAUUCUUGGGCUGUCCAGCAUCCCGCCGCAAGGCAUUGCCGCCGCGAGGAGCGCAUCUUGCAGUUGUUCCGACAAUUGAACCAGACCCUAGGCAGGAGAAAGGAGUCCCGUCGCCGCGAUCUCCAGUUCACUCUUCCCUUGAUGGUACCUCUGGCGCCUCAUAUCCGCAUCGUUCAGGAGGACACUUCAUACAUCACUCUUCAGAGCGUCUACGAAGAUCACUGCCGGCGUCACGGCAUGUCCAAGGACGAUCCCGUGCUCUUCACCAUGGAGAAGCUUCGCGGCGUCCUCGACACGAAGAACUCGAAGCAUGCUGAGCAAAGCGCGACUGCACGUCUUGAAGUGUUCCACGCCAUCCAGGAGAAGUGGGUUCCUCACAACUUAGCCCUGGAAUACUUCCAGCGAGCCUUCCCCGAUUUCACGGAAUUCUGGCUGUUCAGGAGACAAUUCUCAUACCAGCUUGCCGCCCUCACCUUUAUGACAUACAUCCUCUACAUGCAUAACCGAUACCCGCAAAAGAUCAACAUCGCCCGUGGAUCCGGUAACAUUUGGGGUUCAGAGCUCAUGGCCUACAUGAGCGCCGCCAAGCCUUUCUUCCAUAACCCGGAGCCAGUACCAUUCCGUCUGACGCCCAACCUCCAGACGCUCAUGGGACCUUUGGCGACAGAAGGCAUUUUCAGCUGCGCUCUGAUGGCUAUCGCGCGCUGCCUCACGGAGCCCGAGUACGAGUUGGAGCACGCCCUCACAUUGUUUGUGCGCGAUGAGAUGAUCUUCUGGUUCACGAGCUCCCACCGAACGGUCCAGAUGACGGAGAACCAGCUCCGCGAGUCUGUUCAGGUCAACAGCGACUCAGUCGUGAAGCGUGCAGUUAGCCUGGCGCAGAGCCCGGUUGGCAAUCUACCAGCCAACCAAACGGUGAUUGAUCUAGUAGCUAAGGCCGUCAAUCCCAUGAACUUGGCCCAGUGCGAUGCGCUCUGGAUGCCGUACUUGUAA